AUGGAAGCCUUCGAGUACCGACGAAAUCCUGCGCACAUCAUCUUCGGCAGUGGUUCCACAGCCAAAAGCGGAGAAUUGCUGAAACAAAAUGGACUCUCGAAGCCGCUCAUCCUGUCCACCCCCGGGCAAAUCGAUCAAGCAGAAGCACUGCAAGAGAUUUUAACCCAGAAAGUGGAGGUUGCGGGCAUGUUUUCGGAAGCCACAAUGCACACACCGCUCUAUAGGAGCCCGAAUUGUUUGAUAUCCAUCGGUGGUGGAAGUACGAUCGGUCUCGGCAAAGCAAUGUCUAUUAGGAACGGUCUUUUUCACGUCGUAAUCCCAACGACGUAUGCGGGGAGCGAGGUGACUCCUGUAAUCCUCCCAAGUUUAGUGAUCUACGAUGUCGACCUGACCAUGACCGUCCCAGUUGGUCUAACAGUCACCAGCAGUAUCAAUGCAAUUGCUCACGCAGUGGAAGCUCUCUAUGCACAAAAUGGGAACCUUAUCACGAAACUAUUUGCACAGGAGGGUAUAAAGGCUAUAGCGAGCGCGCUUCCGGAACUUCUUUGCGAAAUUUCAUCCAUCUCUGCGCGCUCCAGCGCCCAGUGUGGCGCAUGGCUGUGCGGAACAUGCCUGGGCAGCGUUGGAGUGUCUUUGCAUCAUAAACUCUGUCACACUCUGGGUGGAAGCUUCAAUCUUCCCCACUCCCAGACCCAUACUAUUGUUCUUCCCCACACACUCGCAUACAAUGCCCCGAAAGUGCCGGCCGCUCUGAAAAUUCUGGCUGAUGCUUCGCCGGAGAGCAAUGGUGAUGCCAUACAAGGAUUUAAUGCGUUAUUGGCGAAGACUGAAGCUCCUAGAAACUUGAAAGCAUUUGGCAUGAAAGAAAGCGAUAUUGACAGGGCUGCGGAUAUCGCAGUGAGCAACGCUUAUUACAGUGGGGUGCAAAAAAAAAAAAGAACUAAAAAAAGUUGA